AUGACAGGUGUUUUCACCUAUCGAAACUUUUCUCUCCAAGAUACACCACCGCUGGAUGGGAAAGUGGCGGUGGUAACAGGUGGUCAAGGAAGUAUAGGACGAGAAAUCACCACACAGCUUCUCCAAAACAAUGUAGAGAGGGUCUUCAUUUUGGCACGAAACAAAAACAAAUUCGAGGAAUCACGGAAGCAAUGGCCUCAUAAAACUGGCCUCUCUCUCGAUGUUAUCGACAAGAAGCUUGAAUUCACACAAUGCGAACUCGCGGAUAUCCGGUCAGUAAAGGGAACAGCUGAGCAUAUCAAACGAAAGACCGACAGGAUACAUAUCUUGAUAUGCAAUGCGGGGCUGGGAGUGUCCACCCAGUACAAUCGGUCCCCGCAGAACAUCGAAUCGGUCUUCGCAGCUAACUGCGUAGGCCAUCAGAUCCUGGUCACCAUCCUGCUUCCGCUCCUAAAACGGGUGACUAUUGACUCGCCGAUUAGCGAUGCUCGCAUUGUCGUGACUACAUCAUCUAUGCACAUGUUCUGCCGGCGUUUGGAUUUCGACUUGCUUAUGGCGCCUAAUCCAACCUCCAGGUUUAGGAUUGUUGAUGCUAUAUGGCGGUACAGCCGUUCGAAACUGGGUAAUAUCCUUCUCAUAAAGGAGCUUAGCCGACGGCUUCAGGAAGGGAAUGACCCCGCGGGAAAGAAUAUCUAUGUCAAUUGCUUUUUCCCGGGUAACAUUGUCACGGAGCAAUGGAUUGGAUGGAAUGAGCUUUUUGGGAAACCAAUUGGGAUAAUUAUGCGGACUUUCUUUUCCUUAUUCAUGGGACAGAGUCUGGAAGAUGGUGCUGCAACGGCUUUGUAUUUGAGUUCCAGUGAUUUGCCGAGAGAGAAGAAUCAACGUGGUCAAUACUUUAUUCCUGUUGCGACAGCUGACUGGCCUAGCAAGAUUGCCUGUGAUGAGAAAGUGGCGAGGGAUCUCUGGGACUGGACCGAUGCCAAGAUAACUCAAACACUGGGAUCAAAUUGGCAAGAUGAACCUGGAAAGAAGCCUGAUAAAGAAGACUAA